AUGGCAUCAAGUUCACAAUUAUCGACUUCAGCCAAUGAAUUGAGUCAAAAUGAAAGACUAUUGUCCCUGCUGUUAUUUGACAAGGUAAGACCGGUUUGCAUAGAAUUAUCAGAGGCUUCAAUUGUGCAACCACUCAACACAAACAAAGUUGUCAAUUUGAUGAUAUCAAUUGAGGACAUUCUUAAAAGGCAUCAUGAUGAGUAUUAUAGUAAUGGAAAUUUUAAGAUUUAUCAAAUAUCACCCAAGCUAGCUGAUUAUAUCUUUUAUCCCUUAUCCAAUAUAUUGAAACAGCCAGUUUUAGAUGAUACUAUUAUACAGCAUUUGUUCGGAAUAAUUGGAUUCUUGGUUGAAUAUUCUUGGAGCUUCAAUGUUAAUUUUGUUCUUACCGAUCAACUACUUCCUUUAGCGAUAUACCUUUCCAGUGGAGAUUUGAGCAGGGAACCAUUACCUAUAACAACGAAAUCCAUACAAUUCAAACUAGCAACAGUUGCUGUGCUAUAUAAUAUUACGAGUACUUUAAACAAGGAAUAUUUUCAAUACCAAACUGAAAAAAGGCUAUUGUUUAUAAGCAAUGUCAUAACUAUUUGCUUAAGUAUCAUAGUUAAUCUGCGAGUGGACUCUCAAGAUACAAUACAGUUGGUUCUCAAAUGUCUUGAUUUAAUCUCCAACGUUAAAAAAUAUUUGAAUUCGAGCCAGCUAUCCAUUAUUCUUCCAGGCAUUGUUUCCUCUAUAACUAAAUUUAUAUCUUUAAACUCGAAUUUGAAUUAUCAAAUCAUAAUUCAAUCUUUGCGAUUAUUAUCAGGUUUCAUAUGUGUUUCAUUCAAUGAUAGAGAGUUGGAUGCGCAAAUUGAGUUAAAUGAAGGUGUAAAUAAUAUUUCAGAUAUUCAUAUUGUGUGGGACGAUGAUAAUGAGACUUUGGACAACAAUUCAAUAUUUUCAGAUGUCACCAUUACAGAAAAUGAUCAUAGAUCAAAUGUAUGGUUAAAGGCAACUUCCAAACAGUUGAAAUUAUCAUUGAUAAUUAUCUUCAAGUCGAUACUACUUGGUCCAAAAAAUAGACAACGGUUAAGAUCCAAACAAGAAUUGUACGACGAGGUUCUUGAAUUUGUUAAGACUGUUUUGAAAAACUGUUUCAACAGUUUGUUUAAAGAGUUUGCUUCAUUAGCAGUUGACAUAGUCUCAAUUCUUGGAUACGUAACAUCCGAAGACAACAAAGAAAUAGCAGAGAAAGCAGACAAACUAUCAAAUACCAUAUGCAUGGUUAUAGAAGGCCAAACCAACAAAGAGGAAGUUUUUUUUGAAUUAGUUAAAGCGAAACUUUCUGAUUUGAUUGAUAAUAAAUUAUCAGGGAUUGUUUUUACCUUAGAUGAAGACAAGAUAGCGUUGACUGUAGGAACAAUGAUGUUUAAUUUUAGUCUUUUGCUAUGUUUAUCAAGAAGAGCAAGACUUGAUUUUGAUGACUUGGAUUCGUUGAAACAAAGAUGUUUGGCUUUAUUAAUAGAAUAUGUUGCGGAUAUGUUUAAAUUCGAGAGUUCCAAACAGAUCAAAGGUUCCAGGAGUGGCGGAUUACUCGAAACAACCGAAAUGACAAAUGAACUAGACUCUAUCGAACUACCUGCGUACAUUAACGCAAAAGGUGUUGUGAAACAAGAACCAUCGAAGAAAGAACACGACAGGAGGGCUCAUAUUCAUAAUUUGAAAACAAUUUCUCGUAAUUGGACCACCAGUGAAAUUAAUAAUUCUCCUGGCAGUACACUAAUUGGUAUCAGUUCAAAGUUUUCUGAGAGAAUACUACGGAACUUUAUUAGUUAUUUAUCAGGCUUAAAAUAUGAAUCUGCUAACAAUUCAACGUUGACAGAAUUAGAGAACAUAUUUGAAUUAGCUGACAAUAAUGAUGUGAUUGCAAAAAGCACUACGCUUUGGGUUGCUUCUAGCUACUGUGAACUUCCCCUCAGCAAGCUAGGUAACUUUGACUUAGGAGACUACUUGGUUUUAGACAAUGAGGAAGAUAUGGAAAUAGAUGAUGAUACCAAAGAAAUGUCCUUUUUAGUUUUAUCAAGGGCAGAAGAACUACUUGAAGAGAUUUCCGAGAGCCAAGAGAAGUGCUCUUCGCAAACUUACAUUUUAGCAUACAGUGCAGCAUUACAAGCAAUUAAAGUGAUUACUGGCUCAAUCUCACUUGAUCAGUUUAGAACUAACUUUUUAAUGGAUCACUUGUUGUCGGUAUUUCAAGCAUUAACGUAUAAUGAUAUGCCGGAGAUACAGUUGCAGGCACAGUCGAUGUUGAAAGUAGUAUUGGAUACAUAUUAUAAUGGAUCGAUGGUCAACUUGAUUUCUGAUAACCUGGAUUACCUAAUAGAUAGCAUAAGUUUGCAGAUGUCGGUGGCUAGUAAUUUAACCCCAAUGCUUCCAGGUAUUCUUUUGAUCAUUAUAAAAGUGGCCGGAAUACAAUUAUUGGAGUCAAAUCAAUUGCAUGAUGUUUUAACUGAUAUAUUUGUGAUACUUGACUCAUAUCAUGGUUACAAUAAACUUGUUGAGAGCUUUUUCAUAGUGUUUGAAGCUUUAAUAGAUCAGAUUCAUGAUAAGUUCGACAGUCAACUCAAAGUCAAUUUUGAGGAGUCUCCAAAAGUCAACACUUCAUUGUAUAAACCAUGGGGAAUGACAAAUAAGGAUCAGCUUUUGGAACUACUUGACGAGUCAAACAAAAUGGUUGAUAAAUAUGAAGGCUAUGAUAGCAAUAAAGAGUAUUUUAAAAGAAAAGCCGAUUUGCCUUUUUCAGAGAUGCAAACAGAUUCUGAUGACGAAGAGGAGGAGGAGGAUAAUGAAGCAAACAUUGAUGACGAUGAAGAAGAAAAAGAAGAAACUUGGGGCUCACCUAUCUCAAAGGAUGUUUAUAUGAUUUUGCUACGAAUAUUUAAUUAUGGUUUUACAUUGAUAUCACAGGAAUCUUACACGUUGAAAACACAAAUUAUUAAAACACUACGAUUGCUAUUGCCGUUACUUUGCACAAAUUACAAGUUAUUAUUACCAGUUUUGGCCACGAAUUGGCAAUUACUAAUUGCUUUGGUGAUAGGUUCUCAAUCGUUAUCUACAAGCAUUGAAAGUAAUGGACUUUACGCUUCUGAAGAUAUUGGUGUUAUGACCCAAGCCCUUCAGUUUGUGACUGAAAUAUUAGAAGAGGAUAAAAAGAGAUAUGAACAUUUCUUUAAUAAAAAGUUUCAGGAAGCUUGGGAUUUCAUAUCCCGAUACUCAAAACUAGUACCCCAAAGAGAAGUCAAAUCAACAAAUAAUAUUACGGAACAAAAACAACUAGUGGUUUCCGAAAAAGCGAUAUAUAUUUUCAGAAAUUAUCCAUUACUAAAGACAUCUCUAGUAACAUUUUUAAUUACUGGUGUACAAAAUUAUGAAAAAAUGAUACCAGAUAUUCACCGCUUUGAGAUUAUCAAAUUAUGUUACGAAUUGCAAAUUCCUCAAAACAUUCAUUUGUCUAGGGAUACAAUGGGUAUAUUAGAAGUUCUUAAAAAUGCAACCUAA